CAAUGAGCGGGCGUGUUGGGGAGGAGCGCACAAACGCUAGUGGGUUUGGUUGCACGGCGGCUUUGGCGCAUUUUCGGCUGGUUUGAUUCAUCCAUUUUGAAGAGACGGGGGAGCGGGGGGCUCGUCUGUUCCAGGGGCCCUGAACCAAAGAGCAGCGGAGUUUGAGAAGCCUGCAGCUCGGGGUUCGGCGGCAGCAGUCCCAUCGGCUGAAGUUCGGGGGGGGUGGGGCGCCGAGCGCGCGGGGUGGGGGGGGUCCUGGUCUUUGGCUUCUCGACUCGGUCCUGUUUCGACAGCGAACAUGUCGCGGCCUGUCAGAAAUAGGAAGGUUGUUGAUUACUCACAGUUUCAGGAAUCUGAUGAUGCAGAUGAAGAUUAUGGAAGAGAUUCGGGCCCUCCCACUAAGAAAAUUCGAUCAUCUCCCCGAGAAGCUAAAAAUAAGAGGCGAUCUGGAAAGAAUUCACAGGAAGAUAGUGAGGACUCAGAAGAAAAAGAUGUGAAGACCAAGAAGGAUGAUUCUCACUCAGCAGAGGAUAGUGAAGAUGAAAAAGAAGAUCAUAAAAAUGUGCGCCAGCAACGGCAGGCAGCAUCUAAAGCAGCUUCCAAACAGAGGGAGAUGCUCAUGGAAGAUGUGGGCAGUGAGGAAGAACAAGAAGAGGAAGAUGAGGCACCGUUCCAGGAGAAAGAUUCCGGCAGCGAUGAAGAUUUCCUGAUGGAAGAUGAUGAUGAUAGUGACUAUGGCAGUUCAAAAAAGAAAAACAAAAAAAUGGUUAAGAAGUCCAAACCUGAGAGAAAAGAAAAGAAAAUGCCUAAACCCAGGCUAAAGGCUACAGUGACGCCAAGUCCAGUGAAAGGCAAAGGGAAAGUGGGUCGCCCCACAGCUUCAAAGGCAUCAAAGGAAAAGACUCCUUCUCCCAAAGAAGAAGAUGAGGAACCGGAAAGCCCGCCAGAAAAGAAAACAUCUACAAGCCCCCCACCCGAGAAAUCUGGGGAUGAAGGGUCUGAAGAUGAAGCCCCGUCUGGGGAAGAUUAAAAGUGAUGAUGGUCUGGGGAGAGAUUUUAUUAAAAAAAAAAAAGAAAAAAAAAAGAAAAAAGAGGGAGGAAAAAAAGAACCUACUUAAGAUAGAACAUGGUUUUGGCUAUGGCUUGACUCAUGGGCUUUCAGUGCUUUUUUCCAUUUGUUGAAAGUAACAUUUCUCUCUCUUUUUUUUUUUUUUUUAAAGCAAACCAUUGUAUGUUUAAGUGUUUAAUUUACCUUUUUGUCUAUUGGUCUCUUUGCCAACCCUCCCCUUUCCCAAUGAAAGCCAUGUCAAAUUAAUCACUGGAUUGACUGCUUCAUCUUUUUAUUUUUAAUGAAAGGUGUACCACAGUUGUAAAGCAAUAAGAUUUGAGAUGAACACUAUGGAAAAUUUGCUUUUUGAUAAACGAUAGUAAGUUGAAUAGUAAUCAAAAACACAGCAAGAUUUUAGUUCAAAAUGAUUGCUCCUUUCGCUACCUGGACUUUUGAAAAAUCAAUUGUCAUCUAAUACAAGUUUACUUGUCUGUAGACACAAAUAUCAAUGUCUAAAAAAUCAUGUACUUUAAACUUCCACUAAUGAGGCAGAUAAGAGAUAAAUAUGAAUUCUGAACUGUUACUAAAAGUACUCAUUUUUUACCUUGUGGGGAGGGUGGGCAAUAGCAUUAUCUGACCUUAUUUGAGGGUAUGGGCUUUCUUUUUUAUUUCAUCACUUGUUAUCUCAAAAAGACUCGGAGCCAGUGAUCCUUUUAUCCUGCUACAGUCUUAAGGGAGUUUUAAAAAAAAGCAGGGCUGCCAAAACUGAAAUCACUCUUGAUUUCAUAUUUCCUUCUCUAAAUAUGUAUGUAUCCUAUUUUUUGGAUAAGAUUUUACCAAGGAUCCAAAAAAAAAAAAAAAACCCUAGAAUUUGAUUGACAAGAUCAGUCUACACGUCACAGUGGCUUUCUUCUCAAACUGACAAUGUUUAGGUUUUAAGCAAAUAAAAUUCCAGUUAUUGCGAAACUCA